UACUCGCUUAGAGAAGGUGCUGUCUUGGGCCUUGGGUGCGUCAGUACCCGGAUGUGGAGCCGCUCUCGCCCGGCGGGGACUCUGUGGCUGGGCGGAGCGCGGAGGCGCGCGCGGGGACUGAGAGAAGGGGGUGCCUGGGCUCGGGCGCUCUCCGGACGCCGGGAGGUACCACCGCUGCCCGCAGGGGAGGAGGCGGCGUCGGCGCUCGGGCACCCAGCCCGGAGCGAGGGGCCGGGGGAGGAGAGAGGCCGGCACUCAAGUUUGCUCGCCGCCGCCCCCGCCGCUGCCUCCGGGCCAGCCUCCCCCGGCCCCCCGCGCUCCCCGCGCUCCCAGCUGGCCGAUAGCGUGGGCUCCUGGAGACCGUCGCUGUAGCCCGGCCGCGGAGCCCGGAGGAAGCGGGGGAGCCCACGCCCUCGCCCCCCUCCCCUCGAGCCGCGGCGGUGCCGGCUCCAGUCCGAGCAGGGGUUGCAGCGGCGGCGGCGACGGCUGCGGAGCGGCUCUGGGCUCCGCGGGGAGCGCGCCGCCGCCCCGGUGAGCUAUUCUCAGGUACCGCGGGGUUCGCUGCCGCCCCCGCCGGCGCUUAGAGUCCGACCUGGGCCCAGCUCGCUCACGGGUCCCCCAGCGGCAGCAGCGGCGGAGCCCACCGCCCGGGCCCCGAUGAGUAACUCCCGCAAUAACCGGGUGAUGGUGGAAGGGGUCGGGGCCCGGGUAGUGCGCGGCCCGGACUGGAAGUGGGGGAAGCAGGACGGUGGCGAGGGCCAUGUGGGCACCGUCCGGAGCUUCGAGAGCCCCGAGGAGGUGGUGGUGGUGUGGGACAACGGCACCGCCGCCAACUACCGCUGCUCCGGGGCCUACGACCUGCGUAUCCUGGACAGCGCGCCCACCGGCAUCAAGCAUGAUGGAACCAUGUGUGAUACCUGUCGCCAGCAACCAAUCAUUGGCAUUCGAUGGAAAUGUGCGGAGUGUACAAAUUAUGACUUGUGCACUGUUUGUUAUCAUGGAGAUAAGCAUCAUUUGAGGCAUCGUUUUUAUAGAAUUACUACACCAGGAAGUGAGCGGGUUCUGUUAGAGUCUCGUAGAAAAUCUAAGAAGAUUACAGCCAGAGGAAUCUUUGCAGGUGCCAGAGUGGUACGAGGCGUCGACUGGCAGUGGGAAGAUCAAGAUGGUGGAAAUGGACGUAGGGGAAAGGUAACUGAGAUCCAGGACUGGAGUGCAUCAAGUCCUCACAGUGCAGCGUAUGUUCUCUGGGAUAAUGGUGCUAAGAACCUUUACAGAGUUGGCUUUGAGGGCAUGUCUGAUCUGAAGUGUGUCCAGGAUGCCAAAGGAGGUUCUUUCUACAGAGAUCACUGCCCUGUGCUAGGUGAGCAGAACGGUAACAGGAAUCCUGGUGGAUUGCAGAUUGGUGACCUGGUAAAUAUAGAUCUUGACCUAGAAAUUGUACAGUCUUUGCAGCAUGGUCAUGGAGGAUGGACUGAUGGCAUGUUUGAGACUUUAACUACAACUGGAACUGUUUGUGGCAUUGAUGAAGAUCAUGACAUUGUAGUGCAGUAUCCAAGUGGAAAUAGGUGGACCUUCAAUCCUGCUGUUCUCACUAAAGCAAAUGUUGUCCGAAGUGGGGAUGCACCUCAUGGUGCAGAAGGAGGCACCUCCCAGUUCCAAGUGGGUGAUCUUGUGCAAGUCUGUUAUGACCUGGAACGGAUUAAACUCCUACAAAGAGGGCAUGGAGAAUGGGCUGAAGCCAUGCUUCCGACUUUGGGUAAAGUUGGCCGAGUACAACAGAUUUAUUCAGACAGCGAUUUAAAGGUGGAAGUUUGUGGAACAUCUUGGACGUAUAAUCCAGCAGCAGUUUCCAAGGUGGCAUCUGCAGGAUCAGCGAUUAGCAAUGCAUCUGGUGAAAGACUCUCCCAACUUCUGAAGAAAUUAUUUGAAACCCAAGAAUCUGGUGACCUCAAUGAAGAAUUAGUUAAGGCUGCUGCCAAUGGAGAUGUUGCUAAAGUGGAAGAUUUGCUAAAAAGACCAGAUGUGGAUGUAAAUGGACAAUGUGCUGGCCACACAGCUAUGCAAGCUGCUAGUCAGAAUGGACAUGUUGACAUUUUGAAGUUACUUUUGAAGCAAAAUGUGGAUGUAGAAGCAGAGGAUAAAGAUGGAGAUAGAGCAGUUCACCAUGCAGCUUUUGGAGAUGAAGGUGCUGUCAUAGAAGUACUACACCGAGGCAGUGCUGAUUUGAAUGCUCGCAACAAGCGCAGACAGACACCACUUCAUAUUGCUGUCAAUAAAGGUCAUCUUCAAGUUGUGAAGACUUUAUUGGAUUUUGGCUGUCAUCCCAGUCUCCAGGAUUCUGAAGGUGAUACUCCUCUUCAUGAUGCAAUAAGUAAGAAACGGGAUGAUAUCCUGGCAGUUCUUCUAGAAGCUGGAGCAGAUGUCACUAUCACUAACAAUAAUGGAUUUAAUGCUCUACACCAUGCUGCACUAAGAGGAAACCCCAGUGCAAUGCGUGUUUUACUAUCUAAAUUACCAAGACCAUGGAUUGUGGAUGAGAAGAAAGAUGAUGGUUAUACUGCCUUGCAUCUGGCUGCCCUUAAUAAUCACGUAGAAGUGGCUGAACUGUUGGUACAUCAGGGUAAUGCAAACUUGGAUAUCCAGAAUGUGAACCAACAAACGGCCCUACACCUUGCUGUCGAACGACAGCACACCCAAAUUGUUAGGCUGUUGGUCCGUGCUGGUGCCAAACUAGAUAUUCAGGAUAAGGAUGGGGAUACUCCUUUACAUGAAGCUCUGAGACAUCACACUUUGUCUCAACUUCGUCAGCUCCAAGAUAUGCAAGAUGUGGGGAAGGUGGAUGCUGCCUGGGAGCCAUCCAAAAACACAUUAAUAAUGGGACUUGGUACCCAAGGGGCAGAGAAGAAGAGCGCAGCAUCAAUUGCCUGUUUCUUGGCAGCCAAUGGUGCUGACCUUGGCAUUCGAAAUAAGAAGGGACAGUCGCCACUUGAUCUCUGUCCUGAUCCAAGUCUCUGCAAAGCACUGGCAAAAUGUCAUAAAGAAAAAGUCAGUGGUCAGGUGGGUUCUCGGAGUCCUUCUAUGAUUAGUAAUGACUCUGAAACCUUGGAAGAGUGUAUGGUGUGCUCAGACAUGAAGAGAGAUACACUCUUUGGCCCAUGUGGACAUAUUGCUACCUGUUCUUUAUGUUCUCCACGAGUUAAGAAAUGCCUCAUUUGUAAAGAACAAGUUCAAUCCAGAACAAAGAUUGAAGAAUGUGUGGUAUGCUCUGACAAGAAAGCAGCUGUUCUUUUUCAACCUUGUGGACAUAUGUGUGCUUGUGAGAACUGUGCUAACCUGAUGAAAAAGUGUGUGCAGUGUCGGGCAGUAGUUGAACGAAGAGUGCCUUUCAUUAUGUGUUGUGGAGGGAAAAGUUCAGAAGAUGCUACUGAUGAUAUCUCAAGUGGGAAUAUUCCAGUGUUACAAAAGGACAAGGAUAACACCAAUGUCAAUGCAGAUGUGCAAAAGUUGCAGCAACAGUUACAGGACAUUAAAGAGCAGACAAUGUGCCCUGUGUGUUUGGAUCGUCUAAAGAAUAUGAUUUUCCUCUGUGGCCAUGGAACAUGCCAGCUCUGUGGAGACCGAAUGAGUGAAUGUCCUAUUUGCCGCAAGGCUAUUGAACGAAGGAUUCUUUUGUAUUAACUAAAAAACACAUUGUGUUUUGGUAGCUGAAGUAUUUGGUUAUGAGAUCUUAGUAUGUUUUUCAGCGAGUUGGAGGUUCCAAUGAAGUAAUUUCAUAGUUUCUUUACUAGAGUGUAAUUAGGCUGUAAAUGUACUAGAACAAAAACACCCUACAAAACAGUGUUUGAAACUGUAUUUUGUUUUGUUGUUAUUUGAAACAUCAAAUCCAUGUAAUUCAUAGGUGUUUUAGCUCCUAAGAAGAAAACCAUUAAGGAUCGCCUGUUAUUUUUUGUUUCCUUUGAAUUUUCUCUUAUGGUUUAUAAAUUUGUUAGACCUUGAAAGAUGUACUUCCUUAUGAUUUUUCAGUUUAUCAUGAUUUUACACAAUAAGUUGACACUGGUGCUCAGAAAAGUCAUGCAGUCAGAAAUGGGGCAAAUUAAACAAUUAUGUCACAUAUAUUAAAUGAUGAAAUUAUACUCCAAGUUCCACAUAGUUAAAUGGAAAUAUUGAAGGGAGGAUUUUCUUUUUAAGAUAACAAAAUUAUCCAAAUAAUUGUUUCUGAAUUCUUAGAGUAAACAGAAAUAAUAGAAUGAGAGAAUGACUUUGCAUUUAGCUUAUUUUCUAGGUUUAAAAGGAAAAUUGAUGAAUUUGAAUCAAACUGCCAGUUUCAAAAAGACUGAUAGACAUGAAAAAGGAAAAAACAAGCCAUCAUCACAAUGGGGAAUUGAAGGGGAAAAAGUGUCAAAUAAAAGAGUACCUAUAAACUGACCAUUAACAGCCUUUCUUAAGUUAAUUUAUACAUCGUUUUGUUCAGCCAGCCUUUUAAAAAUGUCCCUGAAAAGUGUACCUCAGUUUUCCUUAUUAUCUGGGCUUGAUGUUUGGCAAAUGAAGUAGCCUUGCCCUCUUUUGCCUCUGAGGUGUGCUGUUCAGCUUUUCCAAUGUCCUGACAUCCCCUGUGAUCUGAGGAGGAGAAGCUUUGCGUAUCUGUUGCCAUGAGUUCUGACAGUGUUACCAGUUCUACAUUCAUCAUAAACCUGACUUGGAUUCUCGCUCAGCUAGUCGGGCUUACUAUAAGUAAAAGUCUCUUCUUAUACCUACAGAUGAGGAUGUUUGAACUUCCAGCAAUAUUCAAAACAUAGUAAAUAACCUAAUGUAAAUACUUUAGCAAGAGUGGACUAGGACAUUUACAGGAAUAUGUCUGAUUUAUUUUUGACACAUAAUCUGGCUCUAGAGCAAUCUAACCAUUUCCUCUCCUUUGAAUGAGUAAAAUCUUAAAACGUCUAGGAUAAAUACAUACAGAAAUAAAUGUUUGAGGGUUCAUUGCUGCUAGAUUAUAAAAAUAUCAGCUGUUUACGAAAGUAGUGUCUACUAUAUACUGUGCAUAAAUGUACUCCUAAGGAUAGUAUUCUUUUUUGUAUUUUUCUCCCGUUGCAUCUGGCUAGCUUUUCUUAUUUCAGCUUUUCUGCUACCACAACUAAAUUAAUAAGUGCAGAGUCUCUAGCCUUCCUAAUACAGUGUUUCUCACUAUUCAAUUGCUCCUACAUUUGGCAAUUACUGGUGAAAUCAGUGAUGAGCUUUGCUGUCUAAUUUUGUAGUCUUGGCAGUUCCAUAUAUUGUGUUUAGCUUCGUAACUGUUAUCAUUUAGAACAGUAACUUUUUAAAAUUUUAAAUUUGGAAGUUUGUAUUGACUGUAUUCAGUUAUCUAAUAAAGGACCACUGAGGCUAUUUUUGAACCAUAUUUUGAAGUUACAGAAAGGUGGAAUACCUAACUGAUUAUAUUCAUGUAAAGAGACAGUACCUAUCUUCUUUCAGAUUUGAAAACAACAUAAAUCAGGAUUUUCCAUGGCAAAGGCCAUCCAUCUCUUUUCCAGUAGAUCAGGGAGUGAGAACCUCACUGACUCAUGUACAGUUUCGCCAACCAGAGAAUUGCAUAGUCUGCAGCUCUCCUUUACUUAAAAUGAUCCUUUUUAUUUGUCUUCUGGGUUGGAGUGUUAAAACUUAUAUCCCUAAAAGAUAAUUUCAUCUGCUAGACUAUUAUAAUUAUUUACUCCAUAUUAAGAAUAUAAAAACUUAUAAACUUCCCUUACAAAAGUCAUAAAGUCACUAUCAUUUCAGUGCCAAGUUCUUGUUGAUUUUCUGUAUUUGUACCACUUUGAUAUUUGUUUUAUGAAUAGAAAAUAUUUCUCUAUUCAUGGUUCCCAGCACCUGAAAAGAUUUUAAAUUUACUUGGGGCUUGUGAGAGAAAAUAAGAUUAAGCCUUAAUCAUUUAAGUGGCUUUCCUCCAGUUCUGUGAAACUACUACCUCUCAUUAUAUGUCUCUUAGCAGUACUUUCCCAAUUAGUCACAUUUCUCAUUAUCAUUUCUUUAUCCUGUACCUCAAGAGUUUUUACUUUUCCUAGAAUCAUUUUUUAAAAAAAUAACUGAUGUGCAUUCUUUCAGAAAAGUAUUUAUUGGGCAACUACUAUGCUUCAAAGGCUAGGUAUACAACAUUGACUAAAAUGGUCAGCAUCUUAGCCCACACAAAAUUUAUCAUACAGUGGUUGUAUAUUUGAAGUAAUCUAUAACCAAAAGAAAGGGAUCCACGGGUACUGAAAUCAUGUUUUCCAAAUAUU